UCGACUCCGCGCCUCUUCUGACGGUUUAAUUGCGUCUCUCUCAGCGACGUAUCUAUCCACCUCUUCGGCCCAGGACGGACCGGAACUAAACAACGCCAUCAGCUGGGCAAUCUUUGGGCCUUUUUUACAUUGGGGAAGAAGGAUACCAACCUCGACCCUUUCGACAUUCGGGACGAGGGAUACCAAAAUGGGGAGGAUUUUGUGCUUCGCGCUGGAUCACUGUGUUUCUCUGGCAUCUGUUUUUGGGUUUUGUUGUGUGUUUUUUACUGCAUGUUUUGGUUCAGUUUUGUUGUCUGUUUUUCCUCUCGAAGCACUUGUCUACCCCCUAAUCCCUUGCCCAGCCGCUCCUUCUCAGCUUUCUUUCCUUUGUUUUGAACUUGGUGGUGCGCUGUCACAAAAUAUUUCCCAGUUUGGAGUUAUUGUGGAUACACGUCUGUUUUGCUUGUUUGGUUGGUUUAGGUUUUUUUUUUUUUUUUUUUUUUUUUUUUUUUUUUUUUUUUUUGGCAACGACAGCAUGCCCAUCAUAUCAUGUCUUGAGACUGGGACUUCUUAUCUUAUCUGGAAUACCCUCCCCUUCAUGUACUCACGGCAAAAUGUCAUGUACAACGUACUCUGGCAUGUCCCCGUUUUUUUCCUUUUUGGUGUGGGGAUGAUAGACUUUCUUCGUUAUGGGCGCACAGCCUCAUGUCAUGAUGAAGAGCAUUGCGUACGGUAAUGAGUCAUGACAACGGGGAGCAUGAGUGGAAAACGGUGCGGGGACAGGUGCGAAGGAGGGAGGUGUGUCGGGGUAGUACAUGUAAUGCAUACACAGGGCAUUUGCUGACUUAUGUAUGGGUAUUG